AUGAGUUUUCUUCUCAUUAGGAGGCCAAAUGGCUACUCCAAGGUUGAUAAAGAAGACCCAGAAGAGAUAAUUCAUCGAAGAGCACAGUUUCUAAUCAACAAAGUGUUGGAACGAGCAGAGUCCAUGGGGAAACCUUCGUAUCUGAGAAUCAGAAUUCGAAGGCUGAAAGUUAGAUUUGGGAGAAGAUUGAAGAAGCUGAAGAAGAGUGCACUGGCAAGUAUUUCCGCUGCCAAGAUUGGUGUUUACAAGCAAGUCAUUGGUCAGCUCAGAAAUUGUAAGUCUUUGUUUGGCCGAAAAGAAGCGACCAUUGCCAAUCUUUCUCCUUUUUUAUCAUCCUGA